AUAAAAAUAAAUUAUUGAAACUAAAUGUAAUGAAAAAUGAAAAACUAAUUAUGGAAAUAAAUAUGAAUUAAAUAGAUGAAUAUUCUAGCACGCAAUUAAAUUUGUAAAAUAUAUUUUUUUUGAUCAAUAGUUUCCUAUUUGCUCUAGUGAAUUGAUAAGGUCUUAGUUGUUAUUUAAUUAUGUCCAUUUAAUAAUAUUGACUGCAUAGCUCUAGUAAAAAUUAUCGCAAUCAGUAUGUUCAAAAGCCGAGGAGACAGUAAUAUAGUAUACAAAUGUACGGUGAGAUUAUUAGAAGAUACCGAAAUAUUGGAGUGUGAAUUUCAUCCUAGCUAUAAAGGCAAAUUUCUCUUGGAACAUGUCUGCCAGCAACUAAAUUUGACUGAAACAGAUUACUUUGGGUUAAGAUAUGUCGACGCUAACGGCCAACGGCAUUGGCUCCACUUAGCUAAAUUAAUACUGAAACAAGUUAAGGAUGCAUCACCAAUACUAUUCAGUUUUCGUGUAAAAUUCUAUCCUCCGAAUCCAUUGCUCCUGAAAGAAGAUGUGACACGGUUUCAAAUUUACUUACAACUGAAACGAGACCUGCUUCACGGAAGACUUUAUUGUACAUCAAAUGAAGCUGCUAUGCUGGGAGCUCUAAUCAUACAAAUUGAACUUGGUGAUUAUGAUUCUAGUAUACAUGUUGGUAAUUAUGUGACUGAAAUGCGAUUACUACUAAGACAAACUGAGGCUAUUGAGGCUAGGAUACAGGAAUUGCAUAGAGAGCCAGUGGAGGGUACACCUGGAGGGACAGGUGGUGUUAAGGGCAUGUCCACACAGGAGGCAGAGAGGUCUUUCCUGAAGAUUGGUUGCCAACUUGACACAUAUGGUGUGGAUCCACAUCCUGUUAAGGAUCACAGAGGCAAUCAGCUCUACUUGGGCAUCAAUCAUUGUGGAAUCUUGACAUUCCAAGGCAGUCGGAAGACUCACCACUUCAAAUGGUCUGAAGUACAUAAGAUCAACUUCGAAGGACGCAUGUUCAUUGUGCACCUUAACUAUCCUGAGAAAAAGCAUACAGUUGGAUUUAAAUGUCCAAGUGGUGCCGCGUGCCGACAUGUGUGGUGUUGUGCAAUAGAACAAAUGUUGUUUUUUACUUUGCCUUCAUCCUCAGACGCGUGUGUGUACUCAGGUGGGGGGUUGUUCUCGUGGGGCACGAAGUUCAAGUAUGUGGGUAGGACUGAGAGAGAGAUAUUAGAAAGGGACGGACUACUGGCUCCUAGAGAUUCGCAGGAUGAGGGAUCAAGCACUGGAGGUAGACGAAAAGCAUCGAGUGUACCAGCUACGCCUUCCACACCAAUGACCGGAGAUUUCGGUUAUAGCAGUCUUCCGCGGUCCACGCACAGCGCGCCGCUGGAGGAGAGCGGCGCGGGUGAGGGCGGCGCGGGGGGGACGGGGGCGGGCGGGGGCGCGGGCGCGGGGGGUGCGGGGGAUGCGUGCGACGGGGGCUGCCUGCUCAGCGGGCCGGCAGUCGACAUCGCGCUCGCGUGCGCAGACCACCUGCGGCGUGAUGAUAAGAACGUAUGCCCAGAGUACACACGCGAUUCGUUCGAACACUCAUCCACCGAAUCGGGCGCGACAACACACGUGACACACGUCUCGCACGCGUCGCAGCCGGCGGACGACUGGCGGCCUCCCGCGCUACAGCCCCCGCCCAGACCUUUCAGCUUACUGCGAGCAUUCGUUCCAUCCUUUUUGUUCGUAUGGCUCUCUCUCGCUUUAGCAAUGCUGUUCAUAUUCGAAACUGACUGGCCGCUAUUCAGGCCAUUGAAACGGAAACCGGAAAUAGUCUCGCUUAGGCAUCAUUAUUAUGCGCCGCUAAAGGAGUACCUGAAGAAGAAAGUGGUUGAGCUUUUUUGAUUCGCAUUCGCUUUGUGCGUGGGAGUUGAUGUGCGCUAUCUUGUUAAGUUUACGUAUAGGAGGUGAAGACGUUCGAUUUUUGAAUUAAUCGUUAUUAUUUAUUUUAAUUGAAAAGGUAUAUACAAACAUUCUAAUAUGGUGGAACAGAAUCUCUUAUAUUCGUAUACCAAACAUGAAUAAUAUAGAAUAUUUGUAAGGAGAAUAGAUAUAUUACUUAAUCGAGGAAAAAGUUAAUAAAAAUCGAGUGUUUCUACCUUUCACGGGCCUUGUAGCUGAUCAAUAUUUUUUAUGCAUUUAUAUUAAUGAUGUGAUAAAAAUCGAAAGUUAAGUAUCUCAUAAUUGUAUCUAACAUUGAUACAGAUCAAUAAAUGUUAUAUAAACGUAUGAAAAAUUUUGAUAAGUCCACAAAAUUAGUUGGCCUAAGAGUAAUUUGCGCCAAUUAGUUGAAUCCCUUUAGUCCGCCGUUAGUCGUGUCAAUUCUGAUGUGUCAAAUUUUUGGACACGUUUUAGGGAAGUACCCGGGUUGCAUUUAUAUACAUUUUGUAUAAACAAACUAAAAUUGCUUUGCAUAAUCUAAGGUUAAUAAUGCACCAUUUCUAGGUAAUAGAUAAGCAUUUUUCACACAAAAGCUAAUAUAUAUAUUUGGUUUGAUUAUGGCCUUGUGUUAAAGGCAUAUUUUUGAAAGUGAUUUGCCAAUGUUUGGUAAGAACGCUAUUAGCUACCUGUUUGAUAAAUCUAAUUAUAGCAUAAUAUGAGAUUAAAAAGUAUGUUAAGUGUAACGUAGAUAAUACUCAUUAUAAUUUAAUUGCAAUUAAAGAGUGAAAGAUAUAUGGGAAAAAACUUAACCAUGUGGUAAUUUAGAUGUAAAAUUUAGAGGGUUGCACGAUUUACUAAUAGUGAGAGAAGGUUCAUGUGAAUACAAGCAUUGCAGAAAUUCAAUUUAAAGUUUUUUUUCUAAAGCACGCUCGUGAACUACAAAGAGUUUUGUACAUUGACCUUGUCUAGCCUAUCUCUGUCGCUCUUAUGUAAAAUCUGGCGUAUGUAAAAUCUAUCUCUGUCCCGCUCGCUCGGGACGGAUUACAUUGCACCUUUGCGAACGAGACGCAUUAUUUUUACGCAGGAGUGACUGUAAUAGGGCAUACUAGGUCAACGUACGAAAUUCUUCGAUCCCGACUGUUGUAUAAAAAAUAGAAACAAUACGUGAAUGGGAAUUUUAUUUUGCAUCACAGUUAAGUGUUGCUAGCAAAAUAAAUGACAUAAAUAAUCACAUUUGAAAAUGUGUUUUCAUUUUAAUUUAUUUAUUUAGAUUAAAAUCAAUAAUGUAUUAUGCUUUGUUACAAUUUAAAGUAUUUAUGGACGCUUUUUAACGAGUAAUGCUUAAUUAUUCACGCACAAGUAUAUGUGAAUACGUUUAACUGUUUUUAACUUAAUAUAAAUAUUUAUAGUUGAUAUGUUUUUGCUAACAUUCCACUUUUAACCGCCUUUUUAUGAAUUUAAUUUUACUAAGUAUUUAAUGUACCUGUUAUUUAAUCAAAAGUAUAUAUACAUGAAUAAUUUUUAUAACAUAUUGGCAGAAUAAUUUGAAUUACUACUUUAAUUCUUUGAAAUAGAAUUAUGUUUAAUUUUCUUCUGAAAAAUAACUUGGACAUUGACCGUUUAAUUCCUAAAAGGUCUUGUACAUCUAAUAUAAAAAGUUGAUAAUUGUCGUAUAAUUUAAUUUAUUUUUAAAUAUGUAUGUAUUGAUUUAUUUUAUCGGUGAUACGAUAAUUCAGUACUAAACCUUUAGUUUUAUACAUUUUUUUUUACUUUUUUUGGGAUUUUAUUACGUGUCGAUUCUCAGUUCUUUUAUUUAUAUUUUAAAUUAUGUUAUAACUACGAAAUGUUAUUAAUGUUUAAUACUUUUAUAUGUUGUUAAUAUGUUUUCACUAAAGUUAAAUUUGAAAUAACCGAUG